UGUCUGAUUCUUGAUAGUAAGCUGGGGCAGUGCAUCAAGACUCUGAAGAAAGGGGUGUACUUUGUGAACAAAAUUUUGAAAUCAUGUUCUAUGAAGGACUGAAAGACAAAGUGGUUCUCAUCACUGGAUCAAGUUCUGGGAUUGGUGCUGGAACAGCUGAGCUCUUUGCAAAACAUGGAUCCAAACUUGUCCUCACUGGAAGAAAUACAGCCAAUCUUGAAGAAGUUGCUAAGAAAUGCAUUGCUCUUGGCGUCAACAAAAGUGAUAUUUUGACCAUCACAGCAGAUUUAGCUAAGGAAGAGGACACUGUUGGACUGGUGGAGAAAACUUUGGCCAGAUUUUCAAGGCUUGACAUCCUGAUUGCAAAUGCUGGGAUUUGUCCUCCAGGAUACUUGGCCAACACAACCAUGGAACUCUAUGAUGAAGUCAUGAAUGUGAACCUGAGGUCUGUGUUUUUGCUUCUGAAAGUCGCCAUGCCCCAUUUGGAAGCUACCAAGGGUAGUGUGGUGGUGGUCUCCAGUGAUUCCGGUCUUAGGCCAUUUCCAUCAGUGGUGGCCUAUUGUGUUAGCAAAGCAGGACUGGACCAUUUGGUGAGAUGCUGUGCCUUGGAUGUUGCCAGGAAAGGAAUUAGGGUCAAUGGUGUCAAUCCUGGAGCAGUUUGGACUGAUAUCUACCUAAAGUACAACAUCAUUGGUCCAAAUCCUACACCAGAUGAUCUGGAGGAAGAGUCCAAGGUGUGCCAUGCCCUGGGAAGAAGUGGGACUGUGGAGGAAAUUGGCAAGCUGAUUUGUUUUUUGGCCAGCAGUGAUUCAUCUUUCAUCACUGGUCAGACAAUUGCAAUUGAUGGUGGGGCUAGUCUCAUGGGACCUGUUGGCUGUUGGGAAUAAAACAGCUUCAAAGAUUGAUGCAUAUAUAUAGGCAUGUACAUUUGAAAAAUAAAUUC